GCAGGCGCAGUGAGGGGAGAGAGCAUGUUAAACUUUCAGAUCAAGUCAGCCGGCUCCUAAAGCUGUGCACGGGGUCUGUGUGCUGUUGCUGCUGCCACAGCUGGAACAUCUGGAAGUGUUCAGUGUGUCUGUCUGUCUGUCUGCGAGAGCGAGAGGGAAGUGAGUGUGCUGAGGGAGGGGAAGGAGUGAGGGGCUGGGACUGUGCUCUCUCUCCCUCUUCAUCUGCAGAAACAGCUUUCUGCCAACAGAACGCGCUCAGAAUGGCUUUGAAGAGGAGCAGCAACCUUUGAACAUCUCUCUCCCCUCCUCUUUUUCUUAUUCUUGUAAAUGAUGGAUUUAAAAAAAGACAUUUAACCCUUUGAGAUUUGUCUUGGAUGCUUUUUUUUUUUCGUUUCCCCCCUUCUUGCUCUUUUUUUUUUUUAAAUGGUUUAGCAGCCAGAGGUGCUGUGUUAAAUUCUUGGAAGGGGCCCGGAUGUACUGAGGAUGCAUUGCAAUUUCACUAAAGGAGGCAGUAGUGGAAAGGAUCAGUUUUUGGUGUUUGAUGCAAUAAUGGGAAUCAGGUAAUAAUAAAAGGGGAAAUACUGUAGCUCCAUUCUUCCUUGAAUUUUACCAAGCCGAUAUUUGGAGGGAUUAAUCUGGACUCAUUUUAAAUGGUCAAUGAAAACAAGAGGAUGUACAUUCCAGAAGAAAACCAUCAAGGUUCCAACUAUGGGAGUCCCCGUCCAGUUCAUGCCAACAUGAAUGCCAAUGCAGCUGCAGGGCUUGCCCCAGAGCAUAUCCCUACUCCAGGGGCAGCUCUGUCCUGGCAGGCUGCUAUCGAUGCUGCCAGGCAGGCCAAAUUGAUGGGUAGUGCUGGCAAUGCAACAAUAUCCACAGCGAGCUCCACGCAGAGGAAACGACAGCAGUAUGGGAAACAGAAAAAACAGGGUACAACCACAGCUACACGUCCUCCCCGGGCAUUGCUGUGUUUAACACUGAAAAAUCCCAUCCGGAGGGCAUGCAUCAGCAUCGUGGAAUGGAAACCAUUUGAAAUAAUUAUUUUACUGACUAUUUUUGCCAAUUGUGUGGCCUUAGCUAUCUAUAUCCCCUUUCCAGAAGAUGAUUCCAAUGCCACCAAUUCCAAUCUGGAACGAGUGGAAUAUCUCUUUCUCAUAAUUUUUACAGUGGAAGCAUUUUUAAAAGUAAUAGCAUAUGGACUUCUCUUUCACCCCAACGCUUACCUCCGCAAUGGCUGGAAUUUACUAGAUUUUAUAAUUGUGGUAGUAGGGCUUUUUAGUGCAAUUUUAGAACAAGCAACCAAAGCAGAUGGGGUGAAUUCAAUAGGAGGGAAAGGUGCCGGAUUUGAUGUUAAAGCACUGCGGGCUUUCCGAGUGUUACGCCCCUUACGAUUGGUAUCCGGAGUUCCUAGUCUCCAAGUGGUUUUAAAUUCCAUUAUCAAGGCUAUGGUCCCCUUGCUGCACAUUGCUCUGCUGGUGCUGUUUGUCAUAAUUAUCUAUGCCAUCAUUGGACUAGAGCUAUUCAUGGGGAAGAUGCACAAGACCUGCUACUUCCUGCAAGGUGGAUUACUAGCGGAAGAGGACCCCUCUCCUUGUGCCCCUCAAUCAGCGCAUGGACGGCAGUGUCAGAAUGGCACUGAGUGCAAACCAGGAUGGGAGGGGCCCAAGCAUGGCAUUACCAAUUUCGACAACUUUGCCUUUGCCAUGUUAACUGUGUUUCAGUGCAUCACUAUGGAGGGCUGGACAGAUGUACUGUACUGGAUGCAGGACGCUAUGGGCUAUGAGUUACCAUGGGUGUAUUUUGUCAGUCUGGUCAUCUUUGGAUCCUUUUUCGUUCUAAAUCUGGUUCUUGGUGUGUUGAGCGGGGAGUUUUCCAAAGAAAGAGAGAAGGCAAAGGCUCGGGGUGACUUUCAGAAGUUGCGGGAGAAACAACAACUGGAGGAAGACUUGAAGGGGUACCUGGACUGGAUAACUCAAGCAGAAGACAUCGAUCCAGAAAAUGAAGAUGAAGGCAUGGAUGAGGAGAAGCCCCGAAACAUGAGCAUGCCUACAAGUGAGACUGAGUCCGUGAACACAGACAAUGUGGCAGGAGCAGAUAUUGAAGGAGAAAACUGCGGUGCUAGGCUGGCGCAUCGGAUCUCCAAAUCUAAGUUUAGCCGUUACUGGCGCCGGUGGAACAGGUUCUGCAGGAGAAAGUGCCGAGCUGCUGUCAAGUCCAAUAUUUUCUACUGGCUGGUGAUCUUCCUUGUGUUUCUCAACACCCUUACCAUCGCCUCUGAACAUUACAACCAGCCAGACUGGCUUACAGAGGUCCAAGACACUGCCAAUAAGGUGCUGCUAGCUCUUUUCACGGCAGAGAUGCUGCUGAAGAUGUACAGCUUAGGUCUCCAGGCCUACUUUGUAUCUCUCUUCAACCGCUUUGACUGCUUUAUUGUUUGUGGAGGAAUCCUGGAGACCAUCCUAGUGGAGACCAAGAUCAUGUCACCGCUGGGCAUCUCGGUGUUGAGAUGCGUCCGACUCCUGAGAAUAUUUAAAAUCACAAGGUAUUGGAACUCCUUGAGUAACCUAGUGGCUUCGCUGCUGAACUCAGUUCGCUCCAUCGCUUCCCUCUUGCUGCUUCUCUUCCUCUUCAUCAUCAUCUUCUCGCUCCUGGGAAUGCAGCUCUUUGGGGGCAAGUUUAACUUUGAUGAGAUGCAAACCAAGAGGAGCACUUUCGAUAACUUCCCCCAGUCUCUCCUCACAGUGUUUCAGAUCCUGACUGGGGAGGACUGGAAUUCGGUGAUGUAUGAUGGGAUCAUGGCUUAUGGCGGCCCCUCUUUUCCAGGAAUGUUGGUCUGUAUUUACUUCAUCAUCCUCUUCAUCUGCGGAAACUAUAUCCUGCUGAAUGUAUUUUUGGCCAUCGCUGUGGACAAUCUUGCCGAUGCCGAGAGUUUGACAUCUGCUCAGAAAGAAGAGGAAGAGGAAAAAGAAAGGAAAAAACUAGCUAGGACCGCUAGUCCUGAAAAGAAACAGGAGAUUGAGAAACCAGCUGUAGAGGAGGAGACAAAGGAGGAGAAAAUUGAGCUGAAAUCUAUCACUGCUGAUGGAGAGUCUCCGCCUACUACCAAGAUCAAUGUGGAUGAUUAUCAGACCAAUGAAAAUGAAGAGAAGAACCCAUAUCCUACUACAGAAGCUCCAGGAGAGGAAGAGGAGGAGGAGCCUGAAAUGCCUGUCGGCCCUCGACCACGCCCAAUGUCUGAACUGCACCUCAAAGAGAAGGCUGUGCCCAUGCCGGAUGCCAGUGCUUUUUUCAUCUUCAGCCCUACCAACAGGUUUCGUCUCCACUGCCAUCGAAUCGUUAAUGAUAACAUUUUCACCAACCUGAUCCUCUUUUUCAUCUUGCUCAGCAGCAUCUCCCUGGCAGCUGAGGACCCUGUCAAACACUACUCUUUUAGGAACCAAAUUCUCUUUUAUUUUGAUAUAGUUUUUACUGUCAUUUUCACCAUUGAAAUUGCUCUAAAGAUCCUAGGCAAUGCAGACUAUGUCUUCACUAGUAUCUUUACAUUAGAAAUUAUUCUUAAGAUGACUGCAUAUGGAGCUUUCCUCCACAAGGGCUCCUUCUGCAGGAACUACUUCAACAUCCUAGACUUGCUGGUGGUCAGCGUGUCUCUCAUCUCCUUUGGGAUCCAGUCCAGUGCCAUCAAUGUAGUGAAGAUCUUACGUGUCCUGCGAGUGCUCAGACCGCUGAGGGCCAUCAACAGAGCCAAGGGACUAAAGCACGUGGUCCAGUGCGUAUUUGUAGCCAUCAGAACCAUCGGAAACAUUGUGAUUGUCACCACUUUGCUGCAGUUCAUGUUUGCCUGCAUUGGAGUUCAACUUCACUCCUCUUCUCGCAUUCUUCCCUAGGGCAAACUAUAUAGCUGCAGCGAUAGCUCCAAGCAAACAGAAGCAGAAUGCAGGGGGCAUUAUAUUUGGUACAAAGAUGGAGAGGUCACCCAGCCAAUGAUCCAGUCCCGCAAUUGGGAGAACAGCAAGUUCAACUUUGACAACGUCUUGACUGCCAUGAUGGCACUCUUCACUGUUUCAACCUUUGAGGGCUGGCCAGAGUGAGCUGCUGUACAAUCCAUUGAUUCUCACAUGGAGGACGUGGGACCCAUUUAUAACCACAGGGUGGAGAUCUCCAUUUUCUUCAUUAUCUAUAUCAUCAUCAUUGCUUUCUUCAUGAUGAACAUCUUCGUUGGUUUCGUCAUUGUCACAUUUCAGGAACAAGGAGAGCAGGAAUACAAGAACUGUGAGCUGGACAAGAACCAGCGCCAAUGUGUUGAGUAUGCCCUGAAGGCCCGCCCCCUGCGGAGGUACAUCCCUAAGAACCAGUACCAAUACAAAGUGUGGUAUGUGGUGAACUCCACCUAUUUUGAGUACCUCAUGUUCGUUCUCAUCCUGCUGAACACCAUCUGCCUGGCCAUGCAGCACUAUGGUCAGAGCUGUCCCUUCAAACAAGCCAUGAAUAUCCUCAACAUGCUCUUCACGGGUCUCUUCACUGUUGAGAUGAUUCUGAAACUAAUCGCCUUCAAACCCAAGGGUUACUUUAGUGAUCCUUGGAAUGUUUUUGACUUCCUCAUCGUAAUUGGCAGCAUUAUAGACGUCAUUCUCAGUGAAACUAAUCACUAUUUCUGUGAUGCAUGGAAUACAUUUGACGCCUUGAUUGUUGUGGGUAGCAUUGUUGAUAUAGCAAUCACCGAGGUGAACCCAGCUGAACAUACCCAAUGCUCUUCCUCUAUGAAUGCAGAGGAAAACUCGCGCAUCUCAAUCACCUUUUUCCGACUCUUCCGCGUGAUGCGUCUUGUGAAGCUCCUGAGCCGUGGGGAGGGCAUCCGGACGUUGCUUUGGACUUUCAUCAAGUCCUUCCAGGCUCUCCCCUAUGUGGCUCUUUUAAUAGUGAUGUUAUUCUUCAUCUAUGCGGUGAUUGGAAUGCAGGUGUUUGGUAAAAUUGCUCUGAAUGAUACCUCACAUAUAAACCGCAACAACAACUUUCAGACGUUCCCUCAAGCAGUGCUGCUACUCUUCAGGUGUGCCACUGGUGAAGGCUGGCAGGAAAUCAUGCUUGCGUGUCUCCCAGACAAUAAGUGCGAUCCUGAGUCAGAACCAACCAACUCUACUGAAGGAGACCAUUCCUGUGGGAGCAACUUUUCCAUCUUUUAUUUCAUCAGCUUCUACAUGCUCUGUGCCUUCUUGAUUAUCAAUCUUUUUGUAGCUGUUAUUAUGGAUAACUUUGACUACUUGACACGGGACUGGUCCAUUCUGGGGCCACAUCACCUUGAUGAGUUUAAAAGGAUCUGGGCAGAGUAUGACCCUGAAGCCAAGGGACGGAUCAAACACCUGGACGUGGUGACGUUGCUCCGGCGGAUUCAGCCUCCGCUGGGCUUUGGGAAGCUCUGUCCUCAUCGAGUGGCUUGCAAACGCCUAGUCUCUAUGAAUAUGCCACUGAACAGUGAUGGGACUGUCAUGUUUAAUGCCACCCUCUUUGCAUUGGUCAGAACAGCACUGAGGAUCAAAACUGAAGGUAACCUGGAGCAAGCCAAUGAGGAGCUCCGGGCAAUCAUUAAGAAAAUCUGGAAGCGCACCAGCAUGAAGCUGCUGGAUCAAGUUGUGCCCCCGGCAGGCGACGAUGAGGUGACAGUCGGGAAGUUUUAUGCCACUUUCCUGAUCCAAGAGUAUUUCCGGAAAUUCAAGAAACGUAAAGAACAAGGCCUCGUGGGCAAACCCUCACAGCGGAAUGCUCUCUCCUUGCAGGCCGGGUUGCGCACAUUGCAUGACAUUGGGCCAGAGAUCCGACGGGCGAUCUCCGGAGAUCUGACAGCCGAAGAGGAGCUAGACAAGGCCAUGAAAGAAGCUGUUUCUGCUGCCUCUGAAGAUGAUAUCUUCAGGAGGGCUGGUGGCCUGUUCGGAAACCAUGUCAGCUACUACCAAAGUGAUGGCCGGAGCUCAUUCCCCCAGACAUUCACCACCCAGCGCCCUUUGCACAUCAAUAAAUCUGGCAACAACCAGGGAGAUACGGAGUCCCCAUCACACGAGAAGCUAGUGGAUUCCACCUUCACUCCCAGCAGCUACUCGUCUUCGGGCUCCAACGCCAACAUCAACAAUGCCAACAAUACUGCCUUGUCCCGCUUCCACAGCCCACCCAGCUACCCAAGUACUGUCAGCACAGUGGAGGGGCAUGGCACACCCUUGUCACCCACCAUACGAGUGCAGGAGGCCCCUUGGAAACUCACUUCCAAAAGCUCCAGUUCUAGAGACAGCCAGCUGGCAAUCGUUUGCCAAGAGGAAGUGUCUCAGGAUGAGACUUACGAUGAGAAUUUGAAUGAAGACGUAGAGUACUGUAGCGAACCAAGCCUGAUCUCUACUGAAAUGCUCUCAUACCAAGAUGAUGAAAACAGACAACUGACUCCACCUGAAAACAACAAAGGGGAGAGCUCCAGGCAGUCUCCAAAGAGGGGGUUUCUUCGCUCCUCGUCACUGGGUCGAAGAGCAUCUUUUCACUUGGAGUGUCUGAAGAGACAGAAGAACCAAGGUGUAGAUGUCUCACAGAAGACAGUUCUGCCAUUGCAUUUGGUACACCAUCAGGCACUAGCAGUGGCAGGGCUGAGUCCCCUGCUCCAGAGAAGCCAUUCCCCAACAACGUUCUCCCCCCGGUUGUGUGCCACACCCCCUGCCGGGCCCUGUAGCCGUGGCUGGCCACAGAAGACCAUCCCAACUUUACGGCUUGAUGGAGUGGAGUCCAGUGAGAAACUCAACAGUAGCUUCCCAUCAGUACACUGCAGCUCCUGGUACUCUGACAGCACCAGCUGCAGCAGCCCUCGGAGAGCCAGGCCGGUCUCCCUCACCGUCCCCAGCCAGACUGGAGGGAACAGCAGGCAGUUCCACGGCAGCGCUGGCAGCCUUGUCGAAGCAGUCUUGAUUUCAGAAGGACUGAUGCAGUUUGCGCAAGAUCCAAAGUUCAUUGAGGUCACAACCCAAGAGCUAGCAGAUGCCUGUGACAUGACAAUAGAAGAGAUGGAAAAUGCAGCAGACAACAUACUCAAUGGUAACAGCAAGCAAAGCCCCAAUGGCAACCUCUUGCCUUUUGUUAACUGCAGGGACCCAGGGCAGGACAGUGCAGGAGAGGAAGAGGAAGAGGUGCAGAACCCGGAUUGUAGAAAAAGUCAGGAGGAGCUCCAGGACAGCAGGAUUUAUGUCAGCAGCCUGUAGUUGCCAGGGCUGAAGCGAUGAUGGUUUUUUAUUUGUUUCAAUGUUCCUAAUGGGUUUGUUUCAGAAGUGCCUCACUGUUCUCGUGACCUGGAGUAACCGGAACAGCGUUCUUCAUUCAUUUCUGUUGGGACGAGUCGCAGAGUUGGGUGGUGUAAGAGAGCUUUUCAGGAGCGAAUACAACCCCAGCAUGUGUCCAUGAGGAGGAGGAAGAGGUGGAGGAGGAGAGCCAGCUCCCGCUUGUUCUCAGUCGCUGCACAAGGAACGAUGGCUGCUUCCUGAAUGCAAAGGAGAACCUCAGCUUCCUGUGGAUGGCCCUAGCCAAAAGGACACUGCAUCAAAUGGGUGUCUUUCAACUUUGCUUGUAAAAAUAAUUUUGCACAUAUUCUGUAUGAGCCUCGCCGUCCCCAUAAAGCCAAGGCCCUUUUGAUUUGGAAUAGAAUGAUGGACUUCUUCUGCUGUGGAUUCCAGUACCUUGUUGGGGAGGAGGAAGCAGAAGAAGCCUUAGGGGACAUGAGAGGCAAAUAGCAACACUUCAGGAAGGCUUGUUGACAGAAAAUGCAGAGACUCCCAGGCAGUGGUCUCUGCCAACCAAUCAGAGCUCAGGCAGUCACUUCUGCCAACCAAUCAGAGCUCAGGUAGCCAUGUCUGCCAAUCAAUCAGAGCUCAGACAGCCAGCUGUGCCAACCAGUCAGAGAGCAGGUAGCAGGCUCUGUCAAGCAGAGCUGAGGCAACUUGCCCUUUUCUAAGUGAGGUGGUGAUGGGCUUAUGUAGAUCUCGCCUUAUUUUUGCAGUUUGAUAUUUUCUUGAAAGCAUGUUCCAGUUUUUAUUUUGAGUAUUUUUGUUUUGUUUUGGAGGGAGAGGGGAGAAAGGCGUGUUUACAAAGUUUUGUAACCACCUACCCUUUUUGUUUUGUUCUGUGUUCACCUUUGCAAAUGUUAAAUUGGUUUGGUUACAUUGUAUUAUUUAAACUAUUUUUUCUCCAUUGAAAUUCAGUAGAAGCUAUAAUGAUAGAAGAGUUUUAUCAACCAUUAUGUACACCAAGAAUUUGUAAUUUAAUUUGAUAGUAAUUGAAAUCUCCUUUUUUUGGUUGUUGUUUUAUAAUUUAAAGAUAGUAGGCAAUGCACUUGAUAUAGUCUUGCACAUUUGAGUGAUUGAUUUGGAUUAUUUUUAGUGCUGGUAUUUUUGUGAGUGUGUGUGUGAGCGGCACUGAGCGAGCGUGUGUGUGUAUGUGUGUAUAAGUGCAGACCAGUCCUCCACUUCCUGGUUUUACCUUCAGGAGAACUGCAUCUGGGGCCAUUUGAAUGCAAAAACAAACCACUGUCUCUGCUUUUGAAAGGGGAAUCAGUAACUCUUUGCAUUUUCUGUUCCACAAGAUAUGCAAAAACAAUGCAAUAAUAUUAAUUUUAAAAUACAAUUGUGAGUUGUGUUGGCAUUAAAACUGUAUAGAAACAAAAUUAAGGGGAAAAACAAACAAAAGUGAGAAGGAGUUAUGCUUCAAUAUAUUCCGUGUGAUGUUUUAUUGCAUUGAUAAUGUUUCUGUUGAAGAAACCGUAAUACUUGAAUUCAGGUCAGUUUCAGUAUUUUUCAAAUAUUUUUUUAAAAUGAAUUGCAAUUGUGCCAAGCGAAUAUAAUGAAUUGAAUUAAGUUUGUUUUAAAAGAUCACUUCUUGUAUAUUUUGCUGCAUGUAAAGUAAAUCAUUUCGUAUUUGGAGUGUGCCAAGCUUUACCUUUGAACUUUUAAGUGCUUUUCUAUGUGUGGUUGGGGAAAUCGGUACUAAAUAUUUUUUUUCAUUUUUUAAUUUGUACAAUGAACAAAGUGUACCUAGUGUAAGUAACUAGUCUGCAAUCCACUGACAGGUUGAACGUUACUGAUUUUGCAUAUCUUGUGUACGCUUUCCUUUUUCCUCACUCCCUUAAACAUGCACAAUUAAUUUCUGAGUAGAGUAUCUUGCUUCCUGAAACCAAGACAUUUUAUCCAGUCUUCAUCCUCUUCCCUGUGCUCAUAUUCUCUCAAUAUUUCUUCUCACUAGGGUGGCUAAAUCCAUAUGCCAAGCUGAUCUGGUAAGAUUUCUAGGAACUCAGCUGGCACCAGCAACUCUGGGGGGAUGGGAUUGUAAUAUGUAAUGUCAUAUUUCUUUCACUGAAUCUCUAACUCUUGGUCAUCAAUUAUAGAGUUUUCUGGGGUACAUGAUGGGCAAAUGCAAGAGGCAGAGUCAUUAUCUAGGGGAAAUAAUCUAGCUCUGCCCUUGACUGAUAUUCCAGUGUAAAUGAGAUGAAGAAUUCUGAGUUGUUACUCAAGAGAAUUGCUCUGGUACUGCUCUCAGCUGGUGACACUGAGGGUUAGUGACGUGAGCCCAUAUUUUGCAUUCCAAUGUGCAAUCUCAUCAUUCUCCUCAUACCUGAGUUUACGGGCCAGGUUCUGGACCUCAGUCAUACUACUUUAAAUCUGGCAUAACUCCACUGAAGUCAAUGGCACUAUGUCUCUCACCCAUCUCAAUCUUGUUAUGGAAUCUGAACUUCCUCUUGUUCAUCCACCUGGCACUUGUCUCUUACUAGUGACAAACCAGAAGAGAAAUAUGUAGAUCUUAUGUAAUUUGCUGGGUUUUCCUUGGAAAUGGAGUCUUCAUUUGAAACCACUUGAAAUUGCAUCAUUUGGAAUCUUGGCUGUCUCUGUCUAAAACUCUUACAAGUUUUGCUCCAUUUUCCAGAUGGAUCCCAGAGUUGCAGAUCAGUACUGAAUAAAGAAGAAUGAUCUGACUCAGGAAAAUCAGAACCAGACUUUCAUCCAAAACUUGAGCUUAUUCUGAGAUCUGAAAAUGUUUAGUUUAUGUAUGUUGUUUAUAUUUUCAUGCUCCUCUGGACUUCCCUGGUUUUGAAUGGGGCCUAAAGGAGAAAUAACAAAGGGGUAUUUUGGGUGGUAUUAUAUUUAUUCCCACUGGUAUUAUCAAGUGGCCAGCAGCAUUUCAAUAUGUCCUGGAUAUCUUACAUGGAAAAGCCUCUUCUCAAGAGAUUUUUAUUGAACCAAAGAAGCUUCCGUCAGUUUAGCUACACAUGGGGGAGCGGGGUGUCAGAAUCUUGAAAUCCAAGACUUACCUAGGCAAAAUUAUGCGUAGACAUCAAUCAGCCCAGUGCUGAGCAUUGUUACUUGUUCUUUACUGAGACAAACUCUUCUGGAGUUUUGCCUAUGACGACAGUGAUCAGACAGCAAGUGUGAAAAAUCAGGACAGGGGUGGAGAGGUAAUAGGAGCCUAUACAAGAAAAAGAUCUACAAAUCAGGACUGUCCCUAUAAAAUCGGGACAUCUGGUCACCCUAACUAGACUUGCAUAUGGAUUCAGGAUUUUAUUUCUGGAUACUUAUCUGAUCCAAAUCAAACCUCCAAACCUUUUGAAGGUUCUCCAUUUUUAGGUUCUCCACCUCCUGUGCACUGGACCUCCAUGAUGCAUAGGUCCAGUGCUAUUGAAAAUGAAAUAGUCCCACUCCUAAUCAACUAUUUCUGAGAGGGAUCAGGUGGCAGAGUCUCCCUAACUCAUUCUCUUUUACUGAAUAGUUCAUCUCAUGCACAUUUAGUGGUCACAUUUGUUGGUGCUCAUCACCUCUGAAAAACAAGCUACUAAUCUGUAGUAGUAUUUAUUGAAGUCAGUGGGAGCUCUGGAUGCUCAGCAGGUGCUCAUUUUCUCUUAGGAUUUGGCCUCAGGCUAGAAGAUGAAGCUUACAUCAUCUACAUCCUUCUGUGAAAACUGCUAUUCCCUCAGUGAUCACCCCCUGCAGAGGGCUGGAGAAACCCCAUCUCUCUACUGAACAGUCCUCUACCUCCUACUUAUUUAAAUCCUUGUGCAGAGAGGACAAUGCAGAUGAUGAUAUUUAUAAUUGGGGAGUGGUACAAAAGUCAGAACUUGCUGAUGCCAGCUGUGCUAAUUUCACUCUUUGGAAGAUGGCAAUUCAUUUAGGUACUUUCUGACAUACAGAUUGCAAUAGGCCUGAGCAAAGAGCUACUGCCUCCUUCAAGUGGGGCAGGGUCUGGGCCAUGGUGGGGAGGAGAGGGCAAGUUUAGUUCCCUGGAGUGUCUUUCCUUUCUCUGUGUAUUGGAGCAAGUGUCAGGUACAAUCACUGCACUGUGGAUGGAAACAUUGAAGAAGUGAAUGAUUGAGGAGUUUUGUGUAAGGAAAAAGAAAGGAGGAAAUAGUCUUAUCUUCAUCAUUUGAGUGUGGUUGAUCUGCAGCUUGCUAACAGUACACUGCAGACUAAAGACAUUUCUUACAAAAUAACAAACCUUCUCUCUUAUCACCACUGGUCAUUACUCCAGGCAGCUCCAGGCCAGUCACACUGGAUGCAUUUCUUUUUUCUUCCUUAUUCUGUGUGGCUGCCAUAAUGGAAAAAGUGGGACUGAUGAUUCAGAGCUGGAGUUUCCUUAUCCACAAACCUUUUCUGCAUCAUCUGCCUCUUCAGCUGGACAUAUGAAUGAUGAUGAUGUAGAUGCUGCUGCUACUGUGAGGGGUUCAACCUUCAACCCAGUCUGGAGGGACAGCUGAAGGAGUGCCAUGUACAGAAUCGCAUCUAUUUCUGCUUUGUUUUCUGACUCAAAACCCUGCCCCUUUGAUGUCUACGACAACAACAAAAAAAGGGCAAAUGCAUUUUUUUACAUUUCUUGGUAAUUUUCAAAGCAAUGUAUCAUUGCUUUCUUUAGACUGAUGCCAAUAUAACAGUUGUAUGGGUCUCAGCCAGGCUCCUGUGUCUUUUCUGACUGCUAGUUUCAGAUUGAUGUGUGAAAAGUAUGCAUGUUUGCACACAGACACAAUCCCACAAGGUGACAGACUCACAAGCCAGUCAGGUUGCUAACAUGCUUUUUACAUGCAGUUGGAGGCCUCUUGCUUCUUACAUACAUAUGAAAAAAAUAAUCAGCAAACCAGAAAAUAUUCUUUAAUGAAGCAGCCACAUUUGGAUAGAACUGAAUAAUAAUUUAUAUCCACAAUACAGCCUCGACUGUCCAAGUGUCAUGUGGGACACUGAGUAAGACAUUUGAAAAUCAAGGGAUUUUAAAGUAAUUAACAUCUAUCAAAGAACCUGAAUUUACGUAAGAUAGUGGUGAGUUUUGAUAGGUUCAGAUAAUCAAGAUUGUAGUGCAUAUAAAGAAAAUCAUAAUUCCAGUCAAAAGACCUAAAUCACGUCUCACUAAUGCCAGUGUAAACCAAGUAUAAUUCAUUUGAAGCUAAUGAGGUAAUACUGGUAUCACACCGGUGUGAAAUCAGAAUCAGGCCCAGAAAAUUUAUUUUUUCUUCCCUGAAGGAGCCUGACUAUAAAUUUUGCAUAAACCAGAGCUGUCUAUGUUUUUCAUUUUAUUUCAAUAUUUGAUUUUAGUUGGCUUUGUAAGAUUCAUUUAAAAUGGGAAUAAAUGUAUAAGCCCCAGGAUCAAAACAGUUCUUAUCAGAAGUCCAGUCCCAAGAAAGUCCCUCUGCUGCUGCUUUGUUUCUGAGGAUCUUACAGUAAGAGCUGUAUGGCUUCCCUGCUUCAGUGGGCCUGACAUGGGGGCAGGUGAGAAUGGCUGCACAGCAAUGAAAUGAGUGGUGCAGCGCUAAAAAGAGAUGGGUCUCUAACUUAACCACAAAAGGUCUGUGGUAUCACACUAGGAUGCAAGUCUCUCCUGAUAUUAAAUUCAGGGUCCUGUUCAAAGCCCCUAUUCUCCCCACCUUGUAGAGACUUUGCUUAAGGUGAGCAUAAAGAGCAGCUCCUCUUUAGAAGUGAACAGUCCUGUCUAAAGGGCUACCCAAAAAGUGCAUCUUCAAUAAGCAAACUGCUGUAGGCAUUUAUCUACUUCAGCAUUACGAAUGACUUCACAGGAGGCAAAAAUCAAUAGCCCACAAUCUCACACUGUUGCUUCUUUGUUCCAUCUCACUCAGACAACCUGCUUUCAUUGAAGUCCAUCACAUUCUCCAGCCACUGCUUUCACUUGGUCCAGGAGCAAACUAGCUGGGUCAUAAGCCAAAUGCUAUGCCACAAACGCAGACCAGGGCAGACAUGCCUCCUUCCUAGAACAGAUCCUCUCCCAACCUUCAAACAAACCUCCUUCCCAUGCAGUAACCUUCCCAACCUUCAUCCCCUACUUAGUACAGAGCCCUCCCACCACUGGUCUUCUCAGCUAUAUGAUAAAUGUCCUGAGUUGUCCAGCCAGGCAAAAUGUAAUCUAUUUCCCAGAGAGAAUCCAGAGCCAGUUUGCUCCUGGCUCAGUCAGACAGACUAGUAUUCAAUACUCCUUAAAACCUCUCAGUGCCAUGACCGCUUGUGGAAGUGACAGAUGCAGGGGAGUCCAGUCCAGCUAUGAUCAUCUGAAUGGGGGAAGAUCUCAAAUAACUAAAAGUGAGAUUUUGAAUAUCACGUUACCAACUGCUGCAUCACCCAAGAGAGAGACUUUUAAAACUGCCUUAACAAAAUGAAUUCAGAAUGAGGGAGUCUCCCUCCAAACGAGUGCCACAUGGCAACCAGGGAAAAGCCAUUUGGGGGGUGAAACCUGGCUGGAAGUGGCUGGAAUCUAGCUUAGUUCCAGAGGUGAAAACAUAGUUUGGGGCCUGAUCCUGUAGUACUUACUCAGGAUAAAUUCCCCUUGACUUCAUUGAUUAAAGACUGCAAGAUCAGGACUUUACAAGGCAGAGGUGGGUAUUCUCUUGCCUGCAUCUGAUUAAUUUGGGGACUGAUCCUGUAAGGUGCUAAGCACAUGUAUUUCCCACUGGCUUCUGCGGAAGAUUUGGUUGCUCAACAUCUCUCAGGCUCAGCACUUGAACAUCAUUUCCUGCUCGGACCAUCAGCUAUAAAUGUUGAUAAAUGCAAGUAUUUUGCCUUCAUUUUAAUUGCCCAAUGCUGUUAAAUGAACUGCCCUAGAUAUACGCCACCCCAGGUGUAAAUCUCCUCUCCCACACUUCUCUCCACCCCAGAUGUCCCUAUCAUCAUCACUGAAGCCCUUCCCAGUACUAGUUCUUUACCACAUCCCACUAUUUUAUACCCAGGUUUCAUGAAACCACAGAAAUGCUUUUGUAAAUAAUGCUGUACAGUUUGUAACUGUAAGUGUACGCCUGUCAUCGGUGCCAGAGUCCGGCUUGCCCUCUCGCACGUUUUAAAAAAAUCAACGACGGAAAGUUAGAGCGAAGGGCCCACAAGUGAGCGAUAGGGUCAUCUCUAUGUGGGACAAAUGUAUAUUCCUGUAAGAUUGCAUUUUUAUCUAAGGAAUGAUGUUAUUUUAAAAAUUGCUAAUAAAUUUCUAAACAAUG